AUGGCGACUACUAAGGGUAAAAGUGUGGCUGCUGAGCCAGCAACGCUUGAAUUCCUAUUGGAAAGGAGGCGCAUCAAUCGGCAGAGAUACACCAAGUUGGAGAAAUCCUUGUUCCGAUAUUAUGAUGAUGUUCUUCCAGCAUUAGACGAUGAUGACCGUUCACCCGAGAAUGAGAUUAAAGUGAGGGCAGCCAUGUCUGCCAGAGAACAGUUGAAGUCAGCCUACAUGGACUUGCAAGAUACUCAAGACCAAGUGGAUUAUCACAGAGAUAACGAGGAGAGGCUGAACGCUAUGUCUGACGACCAGAGGAGAAGAGAAGAUAAAGAUGAGCAAGACUAUAGAGAGAGGUACUUCAACUGUGAUGCCAAGAUCCAGAGGUUGGAGAAAGACUGGUUCAGGCCGACAAAGGAGAGGAGUGAGAGUGAGGGCAAAGGAUCCCAUCAUAGUAGCCAGAGCAACAUUGAAGUGUUAACAAAGGGUUUAGCAGAGGCUUUUAAAUCCAUGAACAAUGGAAUAUCAGGAGAGCAGCUCACAACCAUCUUGUCAACUUUGACCAAGAAGAAGAGAGAGCUACCCAUACCAAAAUUUAGCGGCGAUCCGCAUUUCUUUGAUCAAUGGCGAGAGCUGUUAGAAGCGGAGUUGGCGAAGCCAGGUUAUUCGGAGGUGGAAAAGACGCACUUUACCAUUACAUUACUAGAGGGCGAGUGUAGAAAGUUAGUAGCGGGUAUGAAAGAUCCUGAUUACCAAGACAUCCUCCAAGUUUUAGAAAGCAAGUAUGGUGACGUGGAGAGUUGUGUGCAGAAGGCUGUAAUCGAGAUAGCCAACAUGGAGGCACCGAGCUCCCUUGCACUAAAAGACAUGGAGCCAUUCUGCCAUAAGCUUGUGUCAGCAUGGAAUUAUAUUUUAAAGAAAACCGAGGCUCUAUGUGAACUAGACGAAACAAGUUGGAUUUUCACGGCAUUGGUCAGGCCCAAAAUUCCCAAAACACUGUUGCGAAAGUGGGAUGGCGAAAAGCUGAAGGCAAAAAACAAGUCGACUUUGCCUCUGAAAUUUCCCGACUUACUGGAAAGGCUACUCGACGCCCUGCAAGUUACCCGAAGGACGGAAAUGGAGGGGGGAAAGCGACCAACCACAAGUAGUAGUACUUCACACUCACAGAAACCAGAGAAAAAACAUACUAGUACUAGUUAUGGCAAGCCAAGUGCAUAUGCAUUGAAUGUCAAUGCUACAAGUAACCCUAAAGCUGGACAAUCAAAACAGAAGACGCAGAGUCGAACUCCCAAGUGCCCUGUAUGCCAAGAAGCACAUCUACUUUAUCAGUGCCAGACCUUCAAAGCCAUGAGUGUCAGUGAUCGCAUAGACAAGGUCAAGAGUUUAAAACUUUGUUUUAACUGCUUUGCUUCGCAUUAUGUCAAAGACUGUAAUUCAAGACACUGUCAGAGAUGUGGGAAGAAACAUCAUACCUUGAUCCAUUAUGAUCGUGAGCCAGAGCUACCGGAAGAAGAGCAAGUACAAGGUCUACGUCAAAAAACGGAGGUUCCCAAGAGUGUAGGACUUGUCAAGGCCAUUACAGGUCCAAAGGAGAUAUUGAUGCAAUCCACUCUAGCAAGAAUCGAAUCACGAGGAGCAAUUUCAGUAGCGAGAAUCUUAUUUGAUACAGGCAGCGGUGUAUCAUUCAUAAGUAACAAGAUGGCAAGAAAACUGGACUUGCUAGGACCCAAGGUUGAGGCAGAAUUUUCACUAGCCGGUGGUAACCAGAUGAGAUUGAAAACAGAGAGAGUUAAGUUUCAUCUAUCAAGCGCUAUUCCUAAUUGGAAAGGUGAGGAAUUUGAGAUAGAGGCCUACACAGUUGAUCAGCCUAGCAUGGACCUCAACUGCGUGAGAGUAGAUUUGUCAAAGCUGCAACACUUACAGGGAUUGCAGAUAGCAGACACAUACCCCCGUGAAUCGGCUGAAAUUGAUGUUAUGUUGGGGCUAGAGGAUACCACAAACAUCUUACUGCCUGUGAGAAAAACUGGACCACCAGGAAUGCCAACUGCCACAAAGAGUCAUUUUGGAUGGGUACUUUCAGGUAUCUGUCCAGUAGAGGAGCCAAACCAACGACAUGGAAAGAUUGGUAUGGUAAACACGUGUCAUAGAGUUUCCUUGGAGAAUGAAACUGACUUUGCAGCCAGACAUUGGGACCUAGAACACUUGGGAAUAUUACCUAAUGAGGUCAAGCACCAAGCCACAGAAUUGGAGACUGAUGCAUUGCAGCAGCAUCUUGAUAAUACCAAACUCGUAGAUGGUCAUUACGUCACAGGUUUGAUUCGCCAUCCGGACUGGAAGGACAAGUCUUUAGAAUCAAAUCGAACCUUAGCAGAGAAACGUCUCGAGGGGUUGGAAAGAAGAUUACAGAGGGACCCAGACUUGGGAAAGGCCUACCAAGAACAGAUCCAAGAGUUAGUUGAUAAAGGGCGUGCCGAGAAAGUUGAGGAAUUGGAGAAACAAGCGCAAGCAAUAUGGUACUUGCCUCAUCACCCUGUUGUUAGAAUGGAUAAAUCAACCACAAAGGUGCGUGUUGUGUUUGACGGCUCCGCCAAAGGACCAGAGGGGGUGUCACUAAAUGACACAUUGUUGAGUGGACCAGCACUGCAGCCCGACCCACUUGCCAUACUUUUGCGUUUCAGAAAACAUAAAGUAGCGCUUGUAGCAGAUAUAGAGAAAAUGUUUCUUCAAAUCGGCAUGCAAACUGGAGAUCAAGAUCUACAGAGAUUCUUAUGGCGUGACAUGGACACUAGUAAAAAACCUGAUGUUUACAGGCUGAAAACAGUAACAUUUGGUCUGAAAUCAUCUCCAUUUUCGAGUAUCAAAACUGUAGUGGACCAUGCACUCACACAGACAAAGGAAUACCCAAAGGCUACUGAGGAAAUAACAGAAAAUAUUUUCGUGGAUGAUGUACUGUCUGGAGAAGACAAUACCACAGCAGCAGCAAGCUUAGCAGUAGACAUGAAAACAGUCUUGAAAUCUGGAGGAUUCCCACUCAGGAAAUUUGUGUCCAACAAACCAGAAGCUUUGGCUGGAUUAGAGGAGUCAGAUCUUGCCUGUGGUAUAGUAGUCGUCACUGAGGAACAAUUUACUACAAAAACGUUGGGGAUCAAGUACAUUCCUAAAGAGGACGUACUAAUGUUUUCCUUUUGCGAGAGGAUGGAAAAUGUACCCUGUGAAACUCGUAGGACUGUUUUACAACAACUUCAUCGAAUUUACGACCCGAUGGGUUUGUUAGCACCGUUCACUUUGGUAGCCAAACGGCUAUUCCAACAGUCCUGGAUGGAUCGUACUGACUGGGAUGAGAAGUUAUCUGAUGAACUUCAUCAGAACUGGGUACGUUGGAAGGAGCAAGUUUCUGAUCUGGAUCAGAUAAAGGUCCAGCGAUGUAUAGUUCCUGAGAGCUUCACUUAA